AGGGAGGGGAAGGGUGUUUCUGGAGGAGGGCGAAACAAAUGCAGAGGUCUGGAGGCUGGGAAGUAAGGUUAAGGAACAAAGUAUGAGGGGAACUUUGAGGGAUGUGGCUGGAGUUUCAAAUUCAUCCUAGCAGAAGGAGGAAACCAUUGAGUUUUGAUGAGUGUCAAGUUUUGAAAAACUCACCUCCCUCUGGCUGCUGUGGGCAUCGUAGUUAUGCCAGGGCACACCCAAAAGUCAGUUGAGGGUCCAUUCUAAUUCUUUCAGUCCAGCUGUGUCUUCUAAAAACUUUACUUAAUCCCUCUGAGCCCCAGUGUCCUCUUCUCUGAAAGGGAGAUAUUGUUCUGCAUGUUGUUUAUGAGAAAGUGAGGGGCCGGCACAUGAGACCAGUGAUUGGUGAGGUCUGUGGGAGCAGUUUGGAAUGAUAGGACCUACCUCAGAGAGUUGUGAGGCUUUAAUAAGUGAGUUCUGUCAAAGCACUUAAAGCAGUUCCCAGCACAGAAUAAGUGCCCUCUAAAUGCUAGUGAUGAUUAUUAUCUUUGAAACCCUGUAGGGGAGCAAUGAUGGAGGCUUGAAUUAGUGUGAUGGCAGCAGAGAUGGUAAGAAGUGGCUUAAUUUCCCUUUUUGAAGGAGAGCUGGAUUUGGGUGAGGGGUGGUCCCUUUUGUGGAAUUGGCGGUUCACUGUGGGAGAUGAGUUUGUAAACAGAUAAUCACCAUGAGACGCAAUAAAAGCAACAUUGGUGCUAAAGUAGCCGGGGGGUUUUUUGUUUGUUUGUUUUUCUUACUUUAUUCUGUCACCACUUUGUUCUUCAUGACUGUUUAUUAGUGGGUGUUCUCAAGGCUUGCUCCUACAAUCAUGUGAGCCGAUUUCCCUCUUAAAAUCAACAACACUUGCCUCUGCUCAUUGGCCUUGUUUCUGCUUCACGUUGCUCCCUCCUUGUUGUCCCCCUUCCUGGGCUUAACUUGAAUUCCAAACAGUUUGCAGUGCUUGCUUCAGAAGAGUAGCCCAAAAAAUGUUUCAGACCAGGUCAACUCAGGAGUAGUUGAGGUUUCAAGCUUUUUUUGCCCUAGCAUCAGACUUCUGCUUGCUGUUUAUAUGAGGAACCAUCUGCAUCUUAGACCAAUGACUGGAAAAGUCUAUGAGAACAACUUGAAGUCCCAGUUUAUUUCCUGGGAAUUAUGAUGUGCAUCUUAGUCAAACUAUAGCCAUUUCCCAGAAUUUUAAGGCCAGGGACUUCAGUGACACCUGUGGAGAAUUUUCAUAAAGUACUUGCUCCUGUAAAUUCUUUCAUGGAUGACUUUUUGUGCUGUAAAACAGCACCAUGCAGCAUUUUCUUUACAGCUCCUCUUUAGGUGGUUGAAUCUAGCAUCUGUUCAAUCUCAGUGAAAAUUAUUUUAGAAACAGAUUCUGGGGGAAUAAACCCUGAAAACUCAUUUAGAAAUAUCUGUAGAACAUCACUUGCAUGGCAACCGUAAAUCUUCCAACAAAAAGAAAACAUGGUUGGGAGCAAAACCUCCCUAUGGCACGUGCCUUCCUUUGGGUUCUGGAGUCAUGGGAAACCUUGGGCCGAGGACUGGAACAAGGGCCUGCCAGCAAGUCCUCCCUCUGUUGUACUGCCUGGUGUCCAAGUCCAGCUUUGACGAGACCCUGAACAGCUUGUAGGGAGCUCUGUGACUGGUCUUCACAGUUCUGCAGCCCAACAACUCAGAAUUGCUUUCAAGAGUGAGAAAACACUGAACUAAAACAACCUUUUUGUUGUAUGGUUGUUAGGCAGGAUCUCCUUGUUAGUCUGGUGUGGUGUAGGGCUCUGGGUCACAUGAGCACGUUUGAUCCACACAGCAGACCAGUGGGGCCAGGAGGGUAAGAGGGGACACCCCUCAAUUAUUUGACAUACUUUUUUUCCAAAAGCAGUACAUGCACAAAGUAAAAAAAAAAAUUCAAACAGUCCCAAAGAGUACACAGUAAAAGCAAAUCUCUCUGACCCCCAGCCACUAGAUCUCCUUCCUAGAAUCUGCCUCUGUGUUUGCUUUCUUGCAUUUCUUUCCAGAGGGAAUCCAUAUGUGGAGGGACAUAGAUGUCUCUCCCUCCUCCUUUGUGUUUGGUCACUUACUACCUAGCAGGUUCUAAACUGUCCCACAUCUUGCCUUUCCACUUAACUGUGUAUCAAAGGUCAUCUCAUCUCCCACUGUUUUUGCUGUUGCAUAGCAUUGCGUUGUGUGUAUAUGCCAUAGUUUGUUUAUACUGCUUUUUAUCCUUUAUUAUUAUAAUAAGCUAUGUCUUUUAUUAUGAAUAAGACCGCAGUAAAUCUUUGUGUCCUUUGUGAGUAUAUGUAUAACAUAAAUAUGAAGGUAUGGGCCCAAGAGUAUAUGUGUUCGAAAGUUUGGUAGACAUUGCCAGAUUGCCUUCCAGCUAACAUUUUUGAAAGGUAGGUAAAGGUGACUCCCAAAGAGGUGGUGCUACAAAAUUUGCCUCCUGGGGUUCCACAACCUGUGAGUGGCAGUGUGGAAACCUGAACCAGGCUCUAUCUCCAGGCCUAGCCCUCUUCCCUAGCUCCAACCUGCUUCUCUCCCUGUUGGUCUGUCAGGUCUCCAGGUCCUCCAGGCACCCCAUCAACCCUAUCACCUCUCCUCUGAGCCCAUAACUCUACCCCCUCAGUUCCACAGCCUCCCCCAGCAAACCCUAGUCGGUAGUUAAGUUGGCUCUGUCCUGAAGUCCUCAGGCAUCUUGCAAGAAUGCUGGGAUGCCCUCAGCCUCUCCAGGGCAAGUAAUUUUCACCUCGGUCUGGUUCUGUUGACAGUGCCAUUCAUGAAUCUCAGUGCAACAUUCCUAAAUAUUUUUUUGGUGGGAGCAAAGUGGACAAGGGGGAAGUGGAUCAGUCAUAUAACUUCUGCAGUUCAUAACAAGAACCUGAAAUAUUACGAUUGCCUUCAUUUAAAUUAGACAUAAUUUAAGGUAGCCUAAUGUUAUUUUGAAAAUGCUGUUUUAGGCUUUUAGCAAGUGAAUGUUAACAUAAAAACAGAAUACUGUCCUCCUGGCAAUGGCCUUCACCUUUUUGGGACAUGGGAGAGGCCUGCAUAGCCCCUCCACACCACCUCAGAAGUCCUGUGGGCCCUUGACUUCCCAAGGCUAUGGCUGCCUUUAGCCAGAGCACUCUAUGGGGCCUCUUUGCUCUUGUCUUCCCUCCAUCUAUGCCAGAUUAACUCUGUGGUUUGUCUUACGGCAGCAGAAGGUACAUGAGAAAUCUUUUAUCAGGGCCCACAUCCCUCUCAGCCCACCAAAGAUGCAGCUGGGGGUGUUGGGUAGAUGGGUGUGGGAGGCUUGUGGGCUUGACCUCCAAUUCCCCACCAACUCCUUCCAAAGCACAGGGCCGCCAGGCUGCUGCCCUCCCUGGGCCAGCCUGCUGUAGUGUCACCUCCCCUCUUCCCUUUCCCUCUGGCUCAUGCCCUCUUCCCCACUGUGACGAGAAAGCUUCUAAAACACUCAUCACCUUUAUGUCACUCCCUGCUUUAAACUUCCAAUGACUUCUGGUGGCUCUUUCACCAGUGCCCAGGCUUCCUCACCUGGCCUCUCAGGAUCUGAUCCUGCAGCUCCCCAGUGCUCAUCUCUUCCUCUCUGGACUCGCCCCCUACGCCAUCCACUCUAUCUGUCACACAGAAUGUUGGCCCUUGCAAGGCCACCAAAGUACCCGUUCACCCACUGCCCUGAUGUCCCUCUGCGUCUGCCUGAGCCCCCAGAAAGCAAGCCCCUGAAGUCAGGGGCCUGUUCCCAUCUGUGUUGACAUCCUAAGGGCACAGAGGGGCUGGGCCCCAAGAAGUGCUGACUGGGCCAGGGGGCCAGUGCACAAGCUGGCUGGCUGAAUUGUCCCAGAGCAGAGCCAUGCAUCUUUCAAGCUGGUCUCCUAGGAACGUGCUGAGAGAGGAGGGACAGCCAGGGAAGUCCUUGGGUCUGAGGACAGUGCUUGGUCCCAGCUGUGCUUGAGGCCCCCAUCUGGGAUUCUCUCUGCUUCCCAACCCUUCUAAUCAAAAUAUUUGGGCCAAAAUAUCUGUGGCCACCGACGCUGCAUGGAAAAAUGUCAUCAGUUAAGAGUUGGCUCUGGCCUAGGCUUUUGGGGCAGGUGGCAUGCCCCCUCGCCAGCUCAGGUGUCUACACUGCUGCAGGGGACUUAGAUCCAGUGGCACCAUCCCCUCACCCACAGUCUCCUGCAAGUGGGCUGAGGGUGUCCUGGUUUAGAGUCAUAGCCAUGCCCAGGGCUAUUUGUGGUUGUUCCCUGGCCUCAGAUGGUGACUCCUACAGCCUCAGGUAGAGGGGAUGCAGCAGCACUGGGGGGGCCUGUGGCCACCGCCAACCCACUUUGGGCAGCAAGGACCUGUGCCUCUGCAUCUUUCUUUAGAAACCCCCUCAAGGUGUGGGGCUGUUCAGGUGUAAUGAUGGCAGAAGGAAACAAGUGUAUUCACAGGGUUUGAACUGAUAAUCUUUGCCUGUUUCCAAAAAUCAAGGACAAAGAUUUUCUACCCAUGGGGAUAUUCAAAAUACAGUGAUGCCAGCUGUUUGAUCACCUUUGUCACUUUUGAUCUAAGGUGAGACAUUAGAAUGACCGUCCAGUGGCCCAGCUCUUAUGACAGUGUGUUCCUUGGGACAAUAGACACAUGAAAGCAACCUCAUCUAGCCCCAUCACUUUGGACGUACAUCUCAUAGCAUGUCAGGUGCAGGAGCCUCAGUCUGGAGAGGUGAGGACAGCCCAGAGGGCUGUUCUAAUGCCUACCACUUAGAAAGUGUGUGUGUGUGUUAAUGAUCUGUGCAUCGCCCUAGCUGGGCAUGCCUCCCUUUUUUCAGAAGAAACUCAGGCCACUCAGCUAGUAAGUGCAGAGCCAGGACUUGAACUUAGAUCUCUUUCUUCCAAAGCUGGGGCUCUUUUGUCACCUUUUGUGGCUUGUUGAAGACAAAGCAAAUGACCAGAUUAUUCCACCUGAGUCCCUGGGAGGAAACUAAGGUAACUCCAUUUAGUUUGGAGAUGAGGCUCCUAGGAGGCGGCUUCCGUUAUGCCAGGCUUGGCUUACAGAAAGAGGCUCUGAGACCCAGGCAGGAUGAAAGGCAGAGCGGCUAAAUGCAGACGUCCAGUAGCCAGGGUGAUAGCCACGGGGCUGGGGGCUGGGGCAGGGGAGGUAUGGGUGUACGGUGGCUGGGCAGAUUGAAGGCUGGAUGGCUUCUGGUAUACCAGGAUUCUACAUCAUUUACUGCGUCCACAUUUCCUUUUAUUUCAUGUUUUCAAGUCAGCAAACAUUUACUGAGCACCUACUAUGUACAAGAUGAACAUCUGCAACAAGCCCUCCAACAAGACAGCCCCCGAGAAGAAUGUGUGGACAGCGCCUGCGCAGGCCAGCAGACCCUCCCCAGAGCUGCAGGGCCAGCGGUCCCGGCGGAAUGGGUGGAGCUGGCCCCCUCACCCGCUCCAGAUUGUGGCCUGGCUGCUGUACCUCUUCUUCGCUGUGAUCGGCUUUGGGGUCCUUGUUCCCCUCCUGCCUCACAAUUGGGUGCCUGCUGGCUAUGCUUGCAUGGGUGCCAUAUUUGCCGGCCACCUAGUGGUGCACCUGACUGCUGUCUCCAUCGAUCCGGCAGACGCCAGCGUGCGGGACAAGAGCUAUGCAGGGCCCCUGCCCAUCUUCAGCCGCAGCCAACAUGCACACGUCAUUGAAGACCUGCACUGCAACUUGUGCAAUGUGGAUGUGAGUGCUCGCUCCAAGCACUGCAGCGCGUGCAACAAGUGCGUGUGCGGUUUCGACCACCACUGCAAGUGGCUGAACAACUGCGUGGGCGAGAGGAACUACAGGCUCUUUCUACACAGUGUGGCAUCUGCCUUACUGGGUGUCCUGCUCCUCGUGCUUGUGGCCACUUAUGUCUUUGUGGAGUUCUUUGUUAACCCCAUGCAGCUGCGCACCAACCACCACUUUGAAGGUCAGUCUGGACUCCAGGCCCACUCCCACCCCCUUCUCUGGGCCUGUUCUGGUCACUGGUCUCAGCCCCAGCUGAGCACAAUCUGCCUGUGCCUCGCAGUCCUGAGGAAUCACACAGAUGUGUGGUUUGUGUUCCUGCCUGCUGCCCCUGUGGAGACCCAGGCUCCUGCCAUCCUGGCCCUGGCUGCCCUACUUAUCCUUCUGGGUCUGCUCUCCACAGCCCUGCUUGGCCACCUGCUUUGUUUCCACAUUUAUCUCAUGUGGCACAAGCUUACCACCUACGAGUAUAUUGUGCAGCAUCGCCUGCCACAGGAGGCAAAGGAGACCCACAGGGAGCUCAAGUUAUGUCCCCCCAAGAUGCGACCCAUUCAGGAGAUGGAGUUCCACAUGCGAACCUUCAGCCAUGUGCGCCAAGAGCCCCCUGGCCAGGCCAGGCCUGUUGCAGUGACUGCCAAUCCCUCCCGGUUCCCUGCCACCAGCAGCCAAGCAGAGCCUCCACAGCCCUGCUCCGAAGAGUCUCUCUCUCUGCCCUCUCGGAUCAGACCCCAGAAAAAGAGGAAGCGGCGCGUGUAUAAAGUGCCGACCUUUGGGAUCUUGGACCGCGAGCCCUCACUACCAAAGCUGCCCGGGCCCCGAGCUCCGGGCCCCUGCUCCAGCUCUUCGUCAGAUUCCGCUGGCUCCAGCCCGGUGCACGCCGCUGGGCCCGCCGGCGCCUACCAUUCGGCGUCAGCCGAGUCCAUGGACGAGAUUCCAGUGGCGCAGACCCGCCUAGGUAGCGCCGCUCUGGUCAUUCCCGGGGACGAAGGCCGAGAGCCCGGGCUGACGCUGCACCGGAGUGCGCCCACCGUCUUCGUAAGCCCGAGCAGCGGCAAGCCCGGGGCGCAGGGCAGCCUGGAGGUCGGCCUGGAUUAGCCGGGCGGAGAGGCAGGUAGGCUGAGGCGGAGCGGCCGGCCCGACUCUAUGCAACAAACCCACCCUUGCCGCAGCGAGUGCACUUUAGGGAACCCAACGGCCGGCGGGAUCGGCCCCCUUCCCCCACCCCCGACUCAGCAAUACCAGCCCCACCAGCCGUGAUCCUCCAAUAAACUUUUUGUAUGCUUUUGCGGA